AUACAAUAGAUUUUUUCUGCUUCAGUUGUUAUUGUUCAUUAUCGAUCACACGAAUGAUUAAAUUAUGCUAAAGUCGAGCCGUCAUUUCAUUAUCGAUCGCAGCAUUUUGAAGUUGUUUAUUAAUCGUUGAACGCUGUAGAAUGAUCUAUAAAGGUUAUAUCUUGAAUGUUCAGACUGCACGUUAAAAAAAGACACACAUUCUGUCAUAUAAGAAUAUCAUCCCGGCGUUGCAUCGUAGUUAAGUGAGUCAGUGAACUGUACACGAGGAACAUUGUUGGUGGUUGCUUAACGUAUUGCAGUAGAAAGUCGACGAUUGUCACGAUCGAAGCAGCCUUUCGUAGUACUACUUUUAUUUUCAAAGAUUUACAAAGAAAAGUUACUACAACGCAUCAGGGGCGGCGAAUAACGCUGCGUUUAAACGGCGCUAACGAUAAUCAUCGAAGCGUUCGGAUCUAUGGAUCUCGUCGAAGUGUUCGGUGAUAUUCUUUUCACGGCAAUCGGCGUGCUGCAUCAAAGUUUGCAAAGAUCGUCAAUCUAUACGAUCAAAGAAAAUAGGAAAAUCGCUGAUUGAAAUUAUGAGAAGAAGCGAUUGAGAUCAUCCAUGCUCUUUGUGGACAAACGAAACGAACCAGUGUUGUAUUUUAGUGAAAAGAAUAAAAUCAUCAUCGCAUGUUCCACGGCAUAGAAAUGGAUGGUCUCGUUGAGAUUUUCCUUUUUUUCGGAGUCCUCUUCUAUUUUUUCAACUUCAGGGCUUCCAGCAUGGUCGAUGUACUCUCAACACGUUUACAAGAAGUUUAUGCAAAAUGGGAAACCAGAACGGAAGUAACACGAAAUCCAGAGUCGUCAACGACUCGAUUGUCACUAGACGAACUUCGUCGUGCUGGUCAACAAUUGCAUAGGAAGAAGAUACAAGAUAGAGAGCAAGCAAGAAAGAUUCGAGAAAACUCUUUGUUUAAAAUCAAAGAAACCGAACCAUUGGCUCCUCUUGUUAAAGAAAAAUCUUCGUAUUUGCAUUUUUGCUGCAAUAACUGUACUCCAUCAUCUAAAAACUCAUUGGUAAAUACUAUUAACAAACAGCAUAUGCCAUUCGGUUUGAAUAUACUGAUAGUUAAUCCAGGCUCGUCAUUGUUUUCCAAAGUGUUUAACUGUAUUUCGCAUGUUUAUAAUUUUAAAGAGUACGAUUAUCCGAGGAUAACGCAAACGGUUCUUCAAGAUGAAAGAUUGAAAGAAGCUAUCAUGCUAACUGCUUCACAAACAGUUAGCAAUGAAGGUUGUAGCGAAAACGUGGCCGUGGCAAAGGCACAGGAUAGAGCUAAAACUAUAUUAUAUCAAAUGGAAAGCAAAUUGAGCAAUAUUUUACUUAAAAUAACUUCAUGGAUUUUGUACAAAUUAUUGCCAUGUUUCAUACAAUCUGCUAUAGUAUUACCCUCUCAGAUAGAAAUGUUGAAGAAGGCAAAUGAAACUGGCAUUCCUUUGAUAUUACUUCCUUUACACCGCAGUCAUCUAGAUUAUAUCAUGAUCAGUUUCAUUCUGCUAAUGAACAAUAUUAGGAAUCCGUUGAUUGCAGCUGGUGAUAACCUGAAAAUUCCAUUUUUUGGGUGGUUUUUGAGAGGUUUAGGUGCAUUUUUUAUAAAACGUCGGAUUGACCCCGUUAUAGGCCGCAAAGAUGUUCUUUAUCGUGCUACUCUUCAUACAUACGUAAUGGAGAGCUUACGAGCGGGUCAUAACAUAGAAUUCUUUAUAGAGGGUGGUCGCACAAGAACUGGCAAACCAUGUAUGCCAAAAGGCGGCAUUUUGAGUGUCAUCGUUGAUGCAUACAUGGAUGGAAUUAUUGAAGAUGCACUAUUAGUACCUAUUGCGAUAAACUAUGAGCGUCUUGUGGAUGGGAAUUUUGUUAGAGAACAGCUGGGUCAGCCAAAGAAAAUGGAAACUUUUAGGUCUACGCUUCAAGCAAUAUGGUCAACCUUAAGGGGCAAUUAUGGUAUCGUUAAGGUUGACUUUUGCCAACCUUUUUCACUUAGGGAAAUGUUAAAAUCUUUUCAAAACCAACAAAACAAAUUAACUGGAGGACAAAAAGUGGCUGUUGAGAAACCUUUAAAGUACACGAUGUCGAGUUCAUCACUUUAUGGUACAGAUGUCAUAGCGGAAGAAUAUCGCCAGUUAGUUGAUAAUAUUGCACGACAUGUUGUACAUGAUUGCGCCAGUUCAAUGCCUAUAAUGUCUACCAAUGUUGUUGCAUUUUUACUUCUAAACAAAUUUCGAGAUGGCUGUACUUUGGACAAACUUGUUGAAGCGUUUGAGAUAAUAAGACAAGAUUUAGAAUCUCGCAAUCAUGAUAUUGCAUUUUGUGGUGAAAACAUUGAUAUCAUAAAUCAUGCACUCGAUAUUUUAGGUCCAGGUUUAGUGAAACAACAACGACAAGAAAUUACGGAAGCGAUUAGUGGUCAGACAGUCAAAUCGAAUGUUGUGAUUGCAAUCCGUCCUGUAUCGAUUUUACCUAAUGUAAUCGAACUGUCUUAUUACAGCAACACAAUGCUCAUAUGUUAUAUUAUGGAUAGUGUAGUAGUGACAGCUUUGUAUGCUGAAUUGCAAUCGCAAAUCAAUGACCCAGUCACUAUUGCGCAAAAUAAUAUUACAGUAUCUCGGAAUUGUUUAAUUCAGAGUUCGCUUAAACUUUGUGAUAUUCUUAAAUACGAAUUUAUUUUUUGUAAACCAUGCCAAGAAUUGGAGUCUGUUAUUAUGGAAACUAUUCAAAAUUUGUCGCAUACAGACAUCAUUACUUUACAAGAGGAAUGUUGUUUACCGGAAGAAUUGUGGAGUAAAAGAUACGCACAUACCUUCGAUGAUAGUUCGGAUGAAGAAUAUUAUAAUGCAAAUAGAACUAAAAGUAUUGAAUAUAAACUGAGUUUAUUACCAGAACACGCUGAACGUAUGGAAUUUCUUCAUAUGUUGUUACGACCAUUAGUUGAUACGUAUACUUUCAGUGCUUUUACUCUUAGAAACUUAGUAGGACGAUCACUUUCUGAAGGAGAUUUAAUUCAUGAAAUUUUAAGUGAAUUGAAAACGAAUUUAGAUCGUGGUAUUGUAAAUUAUGGUGAAAGUUUGUCUGUUGAUCCAAUAAAAAAUUCUUUAAAAUUGUUUGAAAAGUGGAAUGUUUUGGAAUGUCAUCCACAAGAAAAUGUUAAAAUUUGUUACUUGAAGGAUGAAUAUGAUACAGAUUCAGCUGUAAUGAAAAUCUACAAUACUAUAGCAACUUUUAAAUGGAUUAGAAACAUACAUUGAAACUUACAUUUCUUGAUAAAUUUCCACAAUGUACUGUUUUUUACAUGAAAAAAAUCUUAUAACACUUUGUAUAUACUACUUUACAAGUUACUUUAUGACUAAAUUUUCGUAAAUAGUUACAUAAUCAUAACGUUGUACAGUUAGAUUUGAUUUGUUAGUUACAGAUACGAAUUCUAUACGAAAUGGUUAAUGUGAUAUUACUUUACAUUGGUGAUAAAAUAUUAUAGAUUUAUAAUUUCCUUAAUAAAAAUAAUUUUACGUAUUAUUAGAUUAAUUACAAA